AGAGACGACUCUCCCACAAUCCCUAUCCUCGACGACUUAACAUGACGUUGGGUGAAUACCUUGGAAUCCUGACAGCUGAUGACUGCUGGAGAGGGGAACCUGGAGAGCGGAGAGCCGGCUGGCGAGGGCCUCCUUGGCAUUCAUUACCACCUGCAUACGACAUCGUUCGCUGUCCCCGAGCGCCCCCCCCCCAUCGCCGCCUUUUUGUCGCUGGGAACAACGCACACUCUCACAGCUCUGUUCUUAUUCCCGAUAUCGUGCGACGCCCUGGGGCCGUUUCACAUCAUCCAUGCCGCACAAGCCAGCCGUUCGCGGGAGCUCUUGACAUCGAGGAACUGCGUCGAAGCAUGAGGCCAUGGACGUGGAGAAGAGGGCCCCGACGCUCAUGAGCGCUGGAGAUGCAACAGCAAAAAGUGACAUGCCUGCAGCCACCCACCACAAUGGCGCUCACGACGCCCUCGCAAGUACACCGCCGCCCAGGAAAAAGCAGAAGCGCAACAAGCCGACGCUGAGCUGCGAGGAGUGUGUCGAGCGCAAGACCAAGUGCGACCGCAGCCGCCCGCAGUGUCUGGCCUGCAUCAAGCGCCAGUCCGAGUGCAGGUACUCGGACGUCGCCAAUUUAAUUGCGUCUGCAGACCGCGGCGCCGCGCGUAACAAUGCGGGACGCGCGAGAAAGCAGAGCAAACCAGCUCUUGGCGAAGAGACGCAGGCAAUACCUAUUCAGAUCCAAAUACCCGUUGCGCCGCCGCAAUAUCGGAGCUUAUCACUUUCAUCCACGAGCUCAUCUCCAUUUCUUCUCUCAAAUAUACCCUACUCGAAUCACACACCGUCACCUUUCUUCGGUCUUAGCGCAGAGCACCCAUUCGCCAAUUACUGGACCAGCCGCGGCGGUUUGCCCGAAGUCAUCGGAGUGCUCCCAGCCAAGGAUCAAGCAGAUAUUCUCGUGACAAAGUACUUCGAUGCAGUCGACCCUGUUUAUCCCAUGAUCCAUCGGAGGAACUUCUACGCCGACUAUGAGAGAUUCUGGUCUCUGCCAGUAAACGAAAAAUAUGUGGCCGACCCGGUGUUGGUUGCUCUCCAUUUCGUAAUAUACGCCAUGGGGACGCAGUUCAUCACAUCGCCAUCCGAUCAGGAGAGAGCUCAAAUUGCCGAGUUUUACGUCUCUGCCUCGCAGCAGGCCCUUAGGCUGUCGUCAUAUCUAAGUCGAGCAUCCGUAAGGACACUGCAGGCCAUGGUCUUGAUUUGCUACUUCCUCAUGAAUGACAACCAUGCUUCUGACGCGUGGUCUUUUGGCGGAGUUCUUAUGCGGCAAGCGUAUGCGAUGGGUUUACAUCGCGAUCCCGAUAUCAUAAGUCCGCGGUGUUCGUUAAGUGAUAAACAACAGCGACGAAAGCUAUGGCAGGCCGUCCUGUUCCAGGACACAUUCCUUACAGUCCUCCUAAAACUCCCACCAACAGCCACCUUCUCUGACGUACGAGUGGAGUCUUUGACUGACGAGCUAGAAGAGUAUGUGGCAAAUGGUGCGUCCGUUAAAGGCACCACCGACACCAUUAUUAACCCCAUGAGCAUCAACAAUAUUGCGCCCAUGUCGGACGCGUUUCCUCAAUACGAGCUCUCCGACCGCCAAUACAUACGCUCCAUGUGGCAUCUUGCCAACCUGGUUCAGCGUACAGUUUGCACGCCACGGUCUCUCAACCACCCAUUGACCACCUCCCCUCGCGAUCGAACAAACCUCAUCAACCAGUAUCUUGAUUUGUUAAAAUCUUUUCCAGCAGUUCUGACCGCAUCUGAUGAUUCUACCAUCUGCAAUCUUGCGUCAUCAAGCCCACGUCAACUAAGACAAAACUUAUUCUUCCGCAGCAAUUUUUGGCAUUGUGUAAUGAUUUUUCAAGCCGACGAGAAUGAUUUGGGUGGCGUCUCCUGUGAUGUGAAAGGGGCUUUGGAGGCUGCAAGGUUGGCUUUGAAAGCAUUUUUUCAUUUCCGAGAAUACCUGCCCGUCGACGCUGGAGUGUGGUGGGUGUUUCAACACCGGGCAUUUGAGGAGGCUCUUCUUAUGGCACGUAUAUUAGGGACGCAAGACAAACCCCUUUCACCAAGCAAAGGAGGCACAAGUCCCACUAACGACCCACUUCUGAUGAUGGCGAAGGAGGAUGCACGUAAGACGCUCGACAUUUUGGACUUGGUCGGCGGCGCACCCGAGAUGCAGAAAACGAGGACGGAGGUACUAAGGACAGCGUUUUCUGACAUUACUUGGUGACUGGUUGAUAUAGGCGUGGAUACAAUCUUGUGAGUAGUGACUCUGGAAUAUAAUCUGCUAAUAAUAUAGGAUGGUAUUGCGGAGUACGGAUUUGAUUGUAAGUAGCUUCUUUCUACUGUACAUAAAAGAUUCUAGAUUUUUGGACCUCAUAUACUAGGGAUAAUUCAUCACUAUACCCUAGUCUUACUAGACUAUUGGGCUUGGAUUCGUUCUUACAGCCCAUAUCCGGUCAAGGCUAGCAGUACGGGUUCCAAUUGUUAUAC